AUGGCUGCUUCGCAUAAGGUGGCGCACGCCGCUCGCAGGGGCCCGAGCAUCGUGAAGGAGAUCGUGUACGGGAUAACCCUCAGCGUUUCCGCGGGGUUGAUGUGGAAUGUGCACCACUGGAAUACCCAGAGAAGGACCAAGGAGUUCUAUGAUCUGCUCGAGCGUGGUGAGAUCAGCGUUGUGGUCGAAGAUGAGUAG